AUGGCUCCAAACCAGGUGACUGCAAGUUACGCUUCCGCCGCCGCCGCCGUGGGGGAAGGCGGCGGAGGGAAGACGUUGAGAAAAGAAGUGCGAUUCAGAGGUGUGAGGAAGCGGCCUUGGGGUAGAUACGCGGCGGAGAUCCGUGACCCGGGAAAGAAAUCUCGCGUUUGGCUCGGGACAUUUGACACGGCGGAAGAAGCCGCUAGAGCUUACGACGCCGCCGCGAGAGAGUUUCGCGGCUCCAAAGCUAAGACCAAUUUCCCUCUUCCCGGCGAGUCGUCGGUCAGCGACGGCGGGAACGGUUCUUCCAUCAACCCGCCGGAUAUGGCGGAGCGUGAAAUGACGCGCCGGGUAGGAAUGGCGGGGAGACUCCCGUUUGCAUGUCACCGGCAGAAUAACGUCUCCGGUGGGUUAUCACGCCCGGCUGCUGCCGGGUUUUUCUUGGAUCCGUCAAGGGCUGCUGCGUUAAGAGCGGAGCUUGUUAGGGUCUACCCGGUUAGGUUCGACCGGUACGAUCCGGUUAAUAUCGAGCUGAGUAUUGGUAUUCGAGAGACCGUCAAAGUCGAACCGAGAAAGGAACUAAACCUGGAUCUUAACCUCGGUCCACCGGUAGACGUUUAG